AUGGAGAUGAAAAGGCCGGUGCUCUUCGUCGGUGAUCCGGACCUGAUCCGGGCCAUCACUAUCAAAGACUUCGAGUGCUUUACCGACCGGCGAGGUGUGAACAACCACAAGCACCUGGAGGAGGCGCUGACCUCGAAGAAAGGGGCGCAGUGGAAGGAGACAAGGGCCGUCAUGUCACCCACCUUCUCUGCCAGCAAGUUGAAAGCGAUGCACGAGCUGACGUUAAACAACGCCCACAAUCUUGCCAAGUACGCCCUGGAGGAGAUGAAGCGGCAGGGCGAGGUGGAAAUAAAGGACGCGUUCGGCCGCUUCACCAUGGACAACAUUGCAUCCUGCGCGCUCUCCUUCCUUGCUGACGUCGUGAAUGAAACUAUCAGGCACCGAGAGGAGCACUCCAGCACCGUGAAAGACUUCCUGAAUCUCCUGCUGGAGACCAAGGACAAAGACGGAAACCGCGUGCUCAGCAACCACAGCAUUCUGAGCCAGUCGGUGCUGUUCCUGAUCGCGGGGUACGACACGACAGCAACGGCGCUGACGUUCGCCGCCUACAGCCUGGCCACCAGUCCUGAUGCGCAGCAGCGGGCACAACAGGACGUGGACGAUGCCCUGGCCAAACACGGCGGCCACAUGACGUACGAAGCCGUGAUGGAGAUGACGUACCUGGACCGGGUCCUGCUGGAGGCGCUGCGCCUCUACCCGCCGGCCACGCGCAUCGAGCGCAUGGCGACCAAGGACUACACGCUGCCGGGCACGAACGUGCACCUCCCGAAGGGCAUGGUGGUGCAAAUGUCGGUGUUUUCCAUCCACCGCGACCCGGACCAUUAUCCGGACCCGUUGCGCUUCGACCCGGACCGCUUCCUGCCCGAGGAGAAGGAGAAGCGCCAUCCAUGCGUCUACCUGCCGUUUGGCAGCGGGCCACGCAACUGUAUCGCCAAGCGGUUUGCACUGUUCGAAGCAAAGGUGGCGCUGGCUGCACUGCUUAGGGAGGCGACGCUGCUGCCGACGGAGGGCCUGCCUCCGCCGCCCAUGCCGCUGGACAGGAAGAGGUUCAUCCUGACGCCUCAGGGCAAGAAGAUGCCGCUGAAGCUGGUCCCCAGGGACAACAGUCGCUAGGGGAACGUCUGGAGCCCGUCCACCUGCAACGAAAGCUUCUAAUGCUAAUCCGAGGCUAUUUUCACGCGGGAGUGGGUUCACCCGGCGCCGCGGCAGGUCUUGCUCGCUUUG